CGGGACGGAGCGCGGCGGGACGGGCCCGGCGCCGGGCGGCCGCGGGACACCCGGGCGGGCGGCGCCAUGGCCGAGACCAUCAUCAUCCGUGUGCAGUCGCCGGAGGGGGUGAAGCGCAUCACGGCCACCAAGAGAGAAACGGUGGCCACGUUUCUCAAGAAGGUUGCUAAAGAAUUUGGUUUCAGGAACAAUGGCUUUUCUGUCUACACCAACAGAAACAGGACGGGAGAGAUCACAGCGUCACAAAACAAAUCCCUCAACUUACUGAAAAUCAAGCAUGGUGAUAUGCUGUUUCUCUACCCCUCGAGCCCGGCUGGCUCCUCCUCAGAGACCAUGGACACCUCUGUCUCCCAGGGCUUGCGGCCUGUGGGGGCCCCACAGGUGGUGGAGGAUGAGAUUGACCAGUAUCUGAUCAAACAGGACGGGAAGAUUUACCGCAACCGAGACCAGCAGCUGUGUCGCCACGGCCCCCUGGGGAAAUGUGUGCACUGUGUACCACUGGAGCCUUUUGAUGAGGAUUAUUUAAACCAUCUGGAGCCUCCUGUGAAGCAUAUGUCCUUCCAUGCCUACAUCAGGAAGCUGACCGGAGGGGCAGACAAGGGGAAAUUUGUUGCCCUGGAAAACAUCAGCUGCAAGAUCAAGUCAGGCUGUGAAGGGCAUCCUCCCUGGCCAGAAGGCAUUUGCACCAAGUGUCAGCCAAGUGCCAUCACUCUCAACAGACAGAAAUACAGGCAUGUUGACAACAUCAUGUUUGAGAACCACACAAUUGCAGAUCGCUUCCUAGACUUCUGGAGGAAGACAGGGAACCAACAUCUUGGGUAUCUGUACGGCCGGUACACGGAGCACAAAGACAUCCCUCUGGGCAUCCGCGCCGAGGUCGCUGCCAUCUACGAACCCCCCCAGAUUGGUACACAGAACAGCCUGGAGAUCCUGGAAGAUCCUAAAGCUGAGGUUGUGGAUGAGAUCGCUGCGAAGCUUGGACUGAGGAAGGUGGGCUGGAUAUUUACUGACCUGGUCUCUGAAGACACACGGAAAGGGACAGUUCGGUACAGCAGAAACAAGGACACAUAUUAUCUAAGUGCAGAAGAGUGCAUCACAGCUGGAAACUUUCAGAACCAGCAGCCCAACAUCUGUCGUCUUUCUCCAGAUGGUCAUUUUGGAUCCAAGUUUGUCACAGUUGUGGCUACAGGUGGUCCCGACAACCAGGUCCACUUUGAGGGGUACCAGGUCUCGAAUCAAUGCAUGGCCCUGGUUCGGGAUGAGUGCCUGCUGCCGUGCCGCGACGCCCCGGAGCUGGGCUACGCCAAGGAGUCCAGCAGCGAGCAGUACGUGCCUGAUGUCUUCUAUAAGGACAUAGACAAGUUUGGCAACGAGAUCACGCAGCUGGCACGGCCACUGCCCGUGGAGUACCUCAUCAUAGACAUUACUACAACUUUCCCCAAGGAUCCAGUCUACACCUUUUCUAUUUCUCAAAACCCAUUUCCCAUCGAGAACCGUGAUGUGCUGGGAGAAACUCAGGACUUCCACAGCUUGGCCACAUACCUGUCCCAAAAUACUUCCUCCAUUUUCCUAGACAUCAUUUCUGAUUUCCAUCUGCUCCUCUUCCUGGUGACAAACGAGGUCAUGCCCCUGCGGGACAGCAUCAGCUUGUUACUGGAAGCUGUGAGGACCAAGAACGAGGAGCUGGCACAGACCUGGAAGAAGUCAGAGCAGUGGGCCACCAUCGAGCAGCUCUGCAGCACCGUGGGCGUGCAGCUGCCGGGGCUGCCGGACUAUGGCGCCGUGGGCGGCUCGGCACACGCGGCCUCGGCGGCCAUGUGGGGCUGCCAGCACUGCACCUUCAUGAACCAGCCCGGCACAGACCACUGCGAGAUGUGCAGCCUGCCCCGUGCCUGAGCCCCCGGACCCCCAGCAGCAGCAGCUGCCCCCUCCCCUCCUCCCUGACGCUUGCCCCCCUCCCCCGGGGUGUGGAGCGGGGCUGGGGGUGCCUCCAGCCCUUCCCCUCUUGCCUCCUGCUCCUUUCUGGGGUGGCCCCAUAGUCACAGCAGCAGGAGCCAGGCGCCCUGGCUUUAUCUUGGCUGUCCCUCAGCUCGGGGAGCCGAUGCUCAGCCUCAGCCUUCGCCCAGGGAGGUGGGGGCUGCCCCCUGCCACCCCCAACUGCCCCCCUCGCCCGCUCCUGGGUGGGUGCUGGGGCCUGGGGGGGCUGUGGCCAGCCAGGACACCUCCCUCCUCGCUCGCUUGCCUGCCUGAAGCGGCCUCCCCGUGCUCCCCUUCCCCUGCGUGCCCCAGCCCCGGCUGCCCUCGGCUUUCGUGCUGAGCCGGCACAGGCCGAGCGAGCGGCUGCCUGGGAACGGCGCUGGGCCAGACAGCAGCUCUGCCAGGCUGAGCCCCAACGCUGGCAGCCUUCCUGGAGCAGGAUGGGGCCUCCCCUGCCUUGGCACAGGGCAAGGAGUGGGCAUGUGCCAGCUCUUGGCUUGGCAGUGCUCCCGUGCCACGCACGGCACCGAGCUGCACUCGCUCCCUCUCGCGUGGCAGAGCUGCCUCAGCACCCAUGGGGCUGCAUGGGGGGUGUCCCCCCUGUGCCCCCUCACCCCACAGAGAGCCCUUCAGCUCCUGGGGCAGGUGCCAGGCUCCUGGGACUGCAGCUGACCCACAGAGUGAGGCCAUGCUGGGAGAACCACAGAACUUGGGCACCCUCCUUGCGCCCCUGGGCCAGGAGUUGGUGAGGGAGGCACUUUCCCCUGUGCCCACCUCCCGGGGCUCUGGCUGUGCCCUCGCUGCAGGGGCUGGGAAGGGUCAGGCAGAUGCUGCUGGGGGCUCAGCUCUGCCCUCCCCAGGCCUCUGCCACCUCCUGGAGACCCCCUGCCCUGGGCACUGCAGGUUUAGGGGGCACCAGUUCCAUCACAGCCUCUCAGAGGGAGGGAGGAGGCUCCAUCCUGCACCAGGAUGGCAUUGCCCUUGCCCUGGCACCCCUCGUGGCCUCCCCGUCGGCUUUGUCCAGCCACGGGGCUGCUUUUCCCCUGGGCUCGUGGGUGCUGGGGGCUGCAGGGGCGCCGGGAGCAGCCGGCCCCUGGCACAGGGGCUGCGAGUAACGUUGAAUAAACGCACCUGAAACCAGA